CGGAUUUUUCGGAGUCGGGUUCGGAUCGGCGGGUCGGCUCCACGAUUUUUCAAGGCAACUGGUAACUCCCACAGAGUACAAGCAGCGAUCUCGGCGACAGGGGGCGACGGAGCUUCCGACUGCGAGAGACUGCAAGCCAGAAGCGCAUCUGAAGCGGUGGAAAUGGAUACUGAGCUUAGAUCGCUGCUGCAGGACAUCGAGGCUCUUAAAGGAUCGUUGCCGGAUGUCAGUCAUCGUGAUUCUAUGGCGAAGAUAGAAGAGCGCGUUGUCAAAAUCAUGAGUAUCACAAAAGCUGGGACCUCCCGCCGUUCCAAAGUCAAGGAGAUGAGUGCUGAGGUAGUGGACAGCAACCCGUACAGUAGGCUGAUGGCGCUUCAGCGAAUGGGCAUUGUGGAAAACUAUGAAAGAAUUCGAGAUUUCUCAGUUGCUAUUGUUGGAAUUGGUGGUGUUGGCAGCGUGUCGGCCGAGAUGCUCACUAGGUGCGGCAUUGGGCGCCUAUUGUUAUAUGACUAUGAUACAGUAGAGUUGGCCAACAUGAAUAGACUAUUUUUUCGUCCGGAACAGGUUGGCAUGACCAAAACAGAUGCUGCUGUCCAGACCCUUUCAGAAAUUAACCCUGAUGUUGUGCUCGAAAGCUACUCAUUAAACAUCACAACUGUAAAAGGUUUCGAGGUUUUCAUGGAGAGCCUGAGAAGGCAAAACCCAAAGAAUAGUGUACGAGAUGAUGCAAGAAGUGCGGGAAUUGAUCUCGUGCUGAGCUGUGUGGACAAUUAUGAGGCUCGCAUGGUUGUUAACCAGGCAUGCAAUGAACUAAACCAGACGUGGAUUGAAUCGGGCGUAUCUGAAGAUGCUGUUUCUGGUCAUAUACAAUUGCUUAUCCCAGGUGAAACAGCUUGCUUUGCAUGUGCCCCACCAUUGGUUGUUGCAUCUGGAGUGGAUGAACGCACGCUGAAGAGAGAAGGGGUCUGUGCUGCAUCAUUACCAACUACCAUGGGAGUUGUUGCUGGUCUGCUAGUUCAGAAUGCGCUAAAAUUUUUACUGAAGUUUGGAGAAGUAUCUCCAUAUCUGGGGUAUAACUCUCUGAAAGACUUUUUUCCAACUAUGGAGAUGAGGCCAAAUCCACAAUGUUCAAACUCAGCUUGUCUUGAGCGGCAGAAGGAGUAUCUUUUGGCCAAACCUGUUAGAGAUGCAUUGGCCAAAGCAAAGAAUGAAGCUGAAGCAUCACGAGAAAAUGAAUCUCCACUUCAUAUGGAGAAUGAGUGGAAUAUAAGUGUUGUAGAUGAUAGUGAGAUGGAAACAUUGAAUGCUCCAAAAGCUGCAGAUGAGCUUCCUGAAGGUUUAACUAGGGAGCUUCCAAGUGCUGACAAGCAUCAAGAAGCAGCAGCAGCAUUAGAAGGGACAAGUAUUUCAUCCAACGAUGUCGAUCUUGAAGAACUUCAGAGACAACUUGAUGCCCUCAAUGCUUCAUAAUAUCACAGGGAAGAGUCUUUCAAGAUAAAAUGUUUUUAUUUCAUUCCAGAUAAUUUUAUUGCGAAAUUCGUUCUACCACAGGUUUCAUUGAGAUUAUGGCUUCGUUUGAGAUAGUUUUCUCACUGCUUUUUAAAAAAGUAAAAAACAGUAAAAAAAUUGUCUCAAACGAAGCUUAUAUCCAAAGAAACUGAUGCGAGGGGUAAUGGUUUAAUAGAAAUUUGAGCUAAUUAGUAUCAAAUAAGUCAGAAGCUGAGGAACAUAUAUUAUAAUAUUAGAGAUUUCAGACAAUAUGUCCAGGCAGCAGUGUAUAAUGACUAUUUAUGUGGGAUUUUUACCUAAAUAAUUUAUUAUGUGUUACAUUCAUUAGAUACUAUAGCAAAUCCUGCUGCCCUUGUAAGUUUUGAUUUAACUUAUAGGAAGAUUUCCUUGGAAUUUA